AUGUCUGGGUCUUCAGGACAAGAGUUUGCGCUUAAGAUCAUAGACAAGGCCAAAUGCAGCGGCAAGGAGCACCUGAUAGCCAAUGAGGUGGCCAUACUGCGGCGGGUUCGACACCCCAGCAUCAUCAUGCUGAUAGAAGAACUGGACACGCCCACUGAGCUCUAUCUGGUCAUGGAGCUGGUUAAGGGUGGUGAUUUGUUUGAUGCCAUCACGUCGUCUACAAAAUACACCGAGCGAGACGCCAGCGCCAUGCUGUUCAACCUGACCGGAGCGCUCCGGUAUCUGCACCGAAUGAACAUCGUCCAUCGAGACAUUAAACCUGAAAAUCUGCUGGUGUGUGAAUAUCCAGACGGCACGAAGUCUCUGAAGUUGGGGGAUUUUGGUUUGGCUACGAUGGUGGAGGGACCGCUGCACACCGUCUGUGGGACACCAACAUACGUGGCUCCUGAGAUUAUCGCAGAGACCGGGUACGGGCUGAAGGUGGACAUCUGGGCAGCGGGUGUGAUCACAUACAUCCUGUUGUGUGGUUUUCCUCCGUUCCGCAGCGAGAGGAAUCUGCAGGACGAGCUGUUUGAACAGAUUCUGUUGGGAAAACUGGAGUUUCCUGCACCGUACUGGGACAACAUCGGCGUCUCUGCUAAGGAUUUGAUCGGUAAGAUGCUGCAGGUGAAUGUUGGUGCUCGGUACACGGCUGAUGAGGUGCUGUCACACCCGUGGGUGCAGGAUGAUGCUGCGAUGGACACCAGCACACCAUGUGACACAGAAGAUUGUGUGGAACCAGAAAUCACACACAACAACACAACAGAAGAGGCUGACGUGGAUCAUCUCCAUGGUAACGACUGGUGAAUCUCUCUGGAUGUGCAGCAGAUGAAAAUCCCCUGACCAACGCAGCAAACCUCGAAACCAACACCAGACCAGACCUGAACCAUCUCAUACCUGCAUCUUCAGUCACGAGUAUAAAAGCCCACAGACUGAAGACAGUCACAUCUGCACAUCACAGUGAGCUGCUCUUGGCCUCUGGACCAGAAAACAUCCAUCCAGAAAACAGAACAAUGCCCUAAAAACCAUCUAGCAAUUUGCCAUAGCAACUCCAUAGCGACACCCUGGCAACCAUCCACACAGAGGGUGGUCACCACAGAGAUUUUCUUCAUUUCUUUCUCUGUAUGUCUACAGUAUGUUUUCAUGUUCUGGUCUGUGUUUGAGCGCCAGGGGCUUCAACUAAACCAGCGACCUCAAGUGCUCGCUCGCUCACUCCUACAUCCCUCUCUCUCUCCUGUACUGCCUUUCAUCAUGUGUCUCUGAAUAUAAUGUUGAUGUGUCAUCAUUAGAAUCUCGUGACACACAUCUCAUGUCUCUCAGUGUGCGUGUGAUGGAAUCGUAUGAGAACUGAUGAGUUUUGAGUUUGCGUGUCAUUGGACGUUUCUUCAGUUUGAUUCAUGUGACCAAAUUUUAGGAGCCCGAUGUGUCUGUUCCUUCAGUGAAUUACUGUAGUGUGUUUAUCCAUGGAAUGCCCCCCUCUCUCUCUCUAGAAUUCAUGUCAUCUGAUCUGAACAGUUCUCGUGUUGUGUUCGAUUUUGUACGGUGACUGUUUGGUGCAGAAGCUCCUAUUAAUGAUUCCAAUGAUGGAUUUAUUUCAUGUUUUGUUUUGUAUUGCAACAAUACAUCAUGACUCACUGGAUGAUGCCAGAAACACAAGUGUGUGUCCGUGUGAGUUUUAUCUUAACCGGAGAUCACACAAUGACUGCAUCCACUUUCACUGGAAUA